AUGGAGAAACUACUUUUGUAUGUGUUGGUUCUGUGUUAUAAAAUUCUCCCAUGUGCUGCUUGUGAACUUUCCAACAUAACAAUUACACUCGAAAAAGAAGAAUGUGGCGCCUGCAUCACUGUGAAUGCAACGUGGUGCUCGGGCUAUUGUCUCACCAAGGAUCCAUCAUUAAAACAUCCCGUUAUCUCGAUGUUUCAGCAUGUAUGCACCUACAAGGAGAUUAUCUACGAAACAGUAAAAAUCCCUGAUUGUCCUGCUAAUGUCGAUUCUUCCUACACAUACCCGGUGGCUAUAGACUGUCACUGUGGCCAGUGUGAUAUGGAAACAUCUGAUUGCACCGUGAGGGGCUUGGGACCAUCAUACUGCUCUCACACCCAAGACAAGGAAUAA